AUGUCCAGCCAAACCAACAUAACUGAGUUCCUUCUCCUGGGAUUCUCUGACAUUCGGGAGCUGCAGAUUUUGCACUUUGUGGUGUUUCUAGUGAUUUACCUGGCAGGCAUGAUGGGGAAUCUUCUCUUCAUCAUGGUUGUAGCCCUAGACCACCACCUUCACACCCCCAUGUACUUCUUCCUGAUGAAUUUGUCCAUCCUAGACCUCGGUACCAUCUCUGUCAUCAUCCCCAAAUCAAUGGCCAACUCCCUCAUGAACACAAGAUUGAUUUCUUAUUCUGGAUGUGUCGCCCAAGUCUUUCUUGUCUUCUUCUUUGCUUCAGCAGAUUUUGCCAUACUGACUAUCAUGGCAUACGACCGAUAUGUCGCCAUCUGUCAACCACUGCACUAUGAGAGAGUGAUGAACAGAAGAGCUUGUGUCCAAAUGGCAGCCAGUGCCUGGAUCAGUGUUAUUCUCUAUUCUGCAGUGCACACUGGAAAUACGUUUGCAAUAUCCUUCUGUGGAGGCAACGUGGUGGAUCAAUUUUUCUGUCAAAUCCCCCAGCUACUCAAGCUUGCUUGCUCUGACUUAGACCUCAGUGAAGUCGGGUUUCUCAUCUUUAGUGUGUGCUUAGCCUCAAGCUGCUUUGUUUUCAUAAUUGUGUCAUAUGUUCAGAUCUUCACCACAGUAUUGAGAAUCCCCUCUGAGCAGAGCCGUCAUAAAGCCUUCUCCACCUGCCUCCCUCACCUCAUUGUGAUCUCCUUGUUUGUUUCCACGGGCAUCUUUGCUUACCUGAAACCCACCUCCAGCUCUCCAUCAGGUCUGGAUCUCAUGGUGGCUGUUCUUUAUUCUGUGCUGCCUCCAGUUAUGAAUCCGAUCAUCUACAGCAUGAGGAACAAGGAAAUCAAAGCUUCCCUGAGGAAACUUACUGGGUGGAGUUUAUUCAGCAAGAAUAAAAUGUCUAUAUUUCUUUUAUGA